GCCUUCAUAGAGAGUAAUCCUUGGCUAAUGUUCUCUGCAAUAUCUCAUAUUUGCUAGUUUCUAUCUUUAACAAAUCCUAAGUCUACAAUGAUGUUUUAUGAGGAUGAUGUUAAGAUAGCCAUCGUAGUUAUUUUGCCAUGGUUGUGUCUGCAGAUCAGCACUUAUGCAUUGUCGAGUAACAGUUUAUUAAGGCAAGGGGAGACGUUUGAUCACUCAUCUACACUAUUCUCACCAAUGCAUCAGUUCUGUUUGAAAUUUGCUCCUCUUCAGUUUGACCCUACUCACACCUACUUAGUCAUUCGUAACACACGAACUCCUACCGGAUAUGCUGAUUGGAUUGGCAACAGAAAUGACUAUUGGCAACAAUUCUGGGGUGCUUCUGACAUUGAAAAAUUCAGGUGCUUUGACCAUCACUAGUCAAGGUGGGAACCCCAUAACUCUCUACUCACCUGUUCUACCUACCAAGAAAAAUGUUGUUGUCACCCUUUUGGAUUCUGGAAACUUGGUCCUUGGAGAAUAUGAUGAUAGUGGAUCUAUGAAGCAUGCGAUGUGGCAAAGCUUUGAUCAUCCUUCAGAUGUUUUGCUACCUGGUAUGAAACUAGGUGUUAAUCACAAGACAAAUCGGUCAUGGUCGGUUGCGUCAUCAUUUUCUACCAACAACCCAUCUUCAGGUUCCUUUGCACUUGAAUGGGAGCCAAGGAAAGGAGAAUUGGUCAUAAAGAUGGGAGGGAAGAUAUAGUGGACAAGUGGGGUUCUGAGAAACAAUAGGUUUGAGAAUGUUCCACGGCAUAUGCAGCUCAUGUAUGAGUACAAAAUUGUCUCAAACAAGGAUGAGGAGUCUUUUAGUUAUGCAAGUCACAAUGAUUACUCACAGUUGGUGCUGUUUAGCAAUGGAAACUUGCAGGAUACACAAAUUGGAGAUAUAGCUCAAGCUUAAAAUUGUUAUGGCUACAAGACCAAGGAAGGUUGCAAAGUCUUUUUCUAAAUUUCUAAGCCACAACCAAGCAAAAAAUAUUGCCUCCUCCAGUAGUUGCUGACACUCAAAAUCAUGGUUAGAGAAGCAAACUCUAUUCCUAUGAUUCCAUAUACACCAAGUUAAAGCAAGUCACAAUGAUUACUCACAGUUGGUGCUGUUUAGCAAUGGAAACUUGCAGGAUACACAAAUUGGAGAUAUAGCUCAAGCUUAAAAUUGUUAUGGCUACAAGACCAAGGAAGGUUGUGAGAUAUGGGAAGACCAACCCAUUUGUAGGCAUUCUGAUAAUAUAUUUGAAAUACAAUAGGGAUACUUUGAUCGCCCUUCUUCUCAAAAUAAUAAUUCUUCUGCCGAAGACAAGAACACACUAACUGAAACUGGUUGCAAGAUUUUUUGUUGGAGAAAUUGCAACUGUGUUGGAUUCACAACUUAUUUUCCCAAUCAGACAGGGUGUAAAUAUUAUUGUGGAGGAUGGGUGCCUACUUAUGUGAAGUAUGCUGGAUUGAGUGUCAGCAUUCUUGUAAAGACCAACGAGAUCACAAAGGUAU